AUGGUAAUUAUUAAAUAUAAUGAUAAAAAUGGAAAAGAUUUAGACUAUACUUUAAUUGAACCAAAUAUCAUUUCAUUCACAUUAAAUACAUAUUCUACAAAUGUACUUUCAUUUAAUAAUGAUUAUCAUAUUGAAGCUUUAACAAAUGGAUUAAACUAUCGUCCAAUUAUUUAUAGUUAUUCAAUUCAAAAUGGUAUUAUAACAAUGGAGGGUCUCUUUGUAUCAAAAUUAUCAAAUUAUAAAUUUUAUCUAGAUUUUAGUAAAAUUGCUGUUCCCAGCGAUCAAGUAACCUAUUUCGAUAGUUCAAGAAUCAGUUUAAUUAUGAAUCAGGUUUCACAUGUAUAUGUUUAUAGUGAUGAGAAUUUAUUUACCAUGGUACCAGAUAUCACGAUUACAAGCCAGCAAGACCAAUUAUUGUUUACAUGUAGUAAUUGUUUAGGUGGAUAUAUCAAUAUAAAUGAUCCAGAAAGUAAUCAAGAAUCUCAAUUCUCUCAAAUCGGUACAAUUGUAAAACAAUUUAAUACAAAUACAAUUUUUAAUAAAUACAAUGCUUUUACAUUUACAAAAGAUUCAAAAACUAUAGUUAUACAACCGCCACUACCUUCAAAUGUAAAAGUUGAUGGAAGUUUAACUUAA